CUCAAAAGACACUCAAUUUGGCGCUUAGUUCUGUUUUACAGUAAUACGUCCAAUCGUCGUUUGCCAGUUCGAAAAAACAAUUCUUAAGUUUUCCACAUCAAUUAUUAUGAAUUUGCGUCUCCGAUUAUGGCAGUCUUGCUCCGAAGUUCUCUCUUCGUCGUCGUUUUUAGAUAGAGGAGAUCCGCCUUGAUUCUUGCCUUGACUUCCGAAUCGGACACUCGAGCGCUCUCAAAACGUCAACGACAGAUUGCCAGAUCAUUCGUGGAAUAUUUCAUCGACAUGAUAGCUACUCUGUGGCUUUACACCUACGAUGACGGCAGAGUACAGAUGGCUGGACUUCAUUAGGCAACCUGUCAAUGCAUGGUGGGAUGUUGCAAGGAGUGGGUUUAACCAUGGGAUCAGAUUCGGUCGACCCUCAGAAUAUAGGGAAUGGCGGCGGAGCCACAGAAAGCAUAAACCCUAUUUCAGGCCCUCCAAGCCUAUGAUUGAUGAAGACGUGACUUAUGGAAAUGAUCUUAAUGAUCUGGAUGAGCGAUCGGCGAGAGACGAUUUUCAGCAAUAUCCGGACUAAAAAAAGAUAAAUAAAUAACGGACAAAAGUAAAUAACUAUCAA